UGUGGCUGAGCUUGCUGGUGUCUGCACCAUGAGAAUAGGAUGUCUAAGAUUGCUGCCAGGACUCUCAGUGCUGCUGCUGUUGACAUUAAGACCUGCAGACAAGGCCCUUGGAGCCUCUGCCUCCUUGGCCUGUGCUCCCUGGUGCCCCCGACACUCCACAUGUGUCAACGCCACCACCUGUCGGUGCCUUCCAGGAUUCAACUCUUCAUCUGCCAACAUCAUCACUGACCCCACGGAGACUUGUGAUGACAUUGAUGAGUGCAGACCACCCUCGCCAGUUUCCUGUGGAAAACUGGCAGAGUGCCGGAACACGGAGGGGAGCUACUACUGCAUGUGUGCCCCGGGAUACAGGCUUGUUUCUGGAGCAAUGAAUUUCAGUCUUGAGAGUCAGAACACGUGUCAAGAUGUGGAUGAGUGCAGCUCCAGGGAGUAUCAGUGUCACAACUCCACCUUCUGCAUCAACACUCUGGGCUCAUACGUGUGCCACUGCCUCCCAGGCUUGGUGCCCAAACCCGGAUUCCUACAUAAACAAAGGACUACCCAGUGUGAAGAGAUCUCCUUCCCCACUUGGAUCCCUCCCCCUGGAAUCAAAAGCCAGAGUCUGUCCCGCUUCUCUAAAGAAGUCCAGGAUCUUGGCAGAUACUUCAUGCCCGCCUCAACCCAGGACACCAUCAAGUAUGUUAUCAAGGCAUUGGAUGAGCUACUGGAAGUCCCUGGGGACCUGGAGGCCCUGACCCUGCCUGACCGGCACCGUGUGGCCACCUACCUGCUGUUGUACCUGGAAGAAGUCCUGAGGACCCUGACCAAGUCCAUAGGUGAACCCUCCUUCACCUACUGUUCCCCUUGGGACACAGAGGUGUCCCUGGUGAUCCAGGAGCAAGGGAAUGGAACCAUCACCCUGGGCCAGAGCCAUGCACGGAUGCAGCUGAACUGGGCUGAGGCAGUUGGCACUGGGGAGCCGGGCCCCACCCUGGCAGGCUUAUUCUCCAGCCGCAACAUGCAGAGAUUGCUGGCCAAUGCUUCACUGGAGCUGGACCCUGAGAAGAAAGCCCAGCUGGAAAGCGCACAUGGAGGUCCUGUUGGUGGUGGCCAGCCCAGGCUCCUCUCUGCUGUUAACACGAUCUUUCUGAGCAACAAGAACAUGGAGAAACUAGGCUCCCCUGUCAACUUCUCCUUCUCCCACCCUGAAAGCCCUUCACAAGCGAGAUCUGGGUCAGCAUUUCUGGGCACCAGAACCACAGCUCACACCUGGGCCCUGUUCCUACAGUCAGUGACCCCUGGACCAAGGCAGCAGGUGCUCUGUGUCUUCUGGGAGCAUGGCCAGAAUGGAAGUGGUCACUGGGCCACCAAAGGCUGCAGGAUGGUGGGCACUGGAGACACCAGCACCACCUGCCUGUGCACGCACCUCAGCAGCUUUGCCGUCCUCAUGGCCCAGUAUGACAUGCAGGAGGAGGAUGUCGCCCUGGCUGUGAUCACCUAUGUGGGGCUGAGCCUCUCUCUGCUGUGCCUCUUCCUGGCGGCCCUCACCUUCCUGCUGUGCAAAGCCAUCCAGAACACCAGCACCUCCCUCCACCUUCAGCUCUGCAUCUGCCUCUUCCUGGCCCACCUGCUCUUCCUCACUGCCAUCGACAGAACGGAGCUCAGGGUGCUGUGUGCCAUCAUCGCAGGUGCCUUACACUACCUCUACCUGGCCUCCUUCACCUGGAUGCUGCUGGAGGGCCUGCACCUCUUCCUCACUGCACGCAACCUCACUGUGGUCAACUACUCCAAUGUGAGCAGGUUCAUGAAGAAGUUCAUGUUCCCUGUGGGCUAUGGAGUCCCGGCUGUCAUUGUGGCCAUUUCUGCAGCAUCCAGGCCUCACCUUUAUGGAACAGCUGCCCGCUGCUGGCUCCACCCAGAAAAAGGAUUUAUGUGGGGCUUCCUUGGACCCGUCUGCGCCAUCAUCUCUGUCAAUCUGGCUUUCUUUCUGAUGACACUCUGGAUUUUGAAAAGCAAACUCUCUUCCCUCAACACUGAUGUGUCCACCCUGCAGAAUACAAAGAUGCUGACAUUUAAAGCAAUGGCCCAGCUCUUCAUCUUGGGCUGCACGUGGUCUCUGGGAAUCCUGCAGGUGGGCCCAGCUGCCCAAGCCAUGGCCUAUCUCUUCACCAUCAUCAAUAGCCUGCAGGGCGUCUUCAUCUUCCUGGUGUACUGUCUCCUCAGCCAGCAGGUCCGGGAGCAAUACAGACAAUGGUUUAAACGAGUGAGGAAAAUCAAAACAGACUCUGAGAAGUACACCCUCUCCAGCAGGGCCACAUCUGAAUCUUCCAAGCCUAGCAUGGUGAAUUAAGAAGAUCUUUUGAUCUAUAGCCUCUUAUCCCAUGGAAACUGCCCUGCCAUUCUUUGAGCCAUUGAGAGAGGAUAGAAAGACUUUGUGGUGUGUUUCAAGAAAUUCUUCAUAUCAGCAAUGUGAAAGAAGUCAUGGUGGACAUGCUGGAAACUCA